AUGUAACAAACUGGUAUCUGUUGGAAAGCUAGUCGCUAAAUUGUAAAGGACCGCGGCAGCUAUCGAAAUGUCUAAUCACGCUGACAGAAGAAAACCCAGAUCCACAUAGCAUUUUGCAAAUGUAUUGAUGAUAUAAUGUCGCUGCAACCACAAGUAGUGGAUGCCUUGGAGGAGAGAAGCGCCUUCUUCAUUGGCGCGGACAAUGUCUCUGAAGAGGAGGACCAUCAAGAACUUAUUCUUCAGAAAGGCAAUGCUCUGGCAUCCGAAGACUGCCUAAAAGAAGCCAUUGAUUGGUUUUCAGCGGCCAUACGGUAUGGCCCUGUGCGACCCGAGCAGUUAAGCACUUUUGUGGAUUGUAUUCUUCGAAACUUCAAGAGGAAAACGCCUGGCCCGGAUUCAUCCACAGGCCAGAACUCGGACGCAGAAGAGGGCUCUGGGGACGCAGUGUUGGACUGUCCCAACUGUCAUAGCUUUUUAGGGGAACCUGUGACCAUAGCCUGUGGACACUCGUAUUGUAAAAGAUGUUUACAUCGGCGGCUGCUCUCCAAAUGUAAGCUGUGCAGUGAACCGGUCGGCAGUAAGGAGAAAGUGAAUGUAACUCUGUGUGGACUUUUAGAAAAAUGGUUUCCUGAGGAGCUGAAAACGUCAAAAAAAUUAAGUGAAGCGGACAUGAUGUGUAGAAGAAAACGCUACAAAGAAGCUGUGUCACUAGCUACCGAUGUUAUCCGGUCAGAUCCACAUAUGGUGAUGGCCCGGCUGUCUCGAGCAGAAGCGUACAUGGCUCUCAAGCAGUACCGACUGGCUCUCGAGGACACAGAGUGUUGUUCCAGGUCCAGUUGUGCUACUGAGGCUCUGUUCAGGAAAGCUAUGGUGCUGCAUGAAAUGGGUCAAGUGGACGAGUCUCUCCAAGUCUUCCUCCACUGCCUGACUGUUGAUGAGGACUUCCCAGGUGCAAAAAGACAAGUGGAAAAGAUCUUGUGCGACCUGCUCUCACCUGGUGAUGAGAACGUAAAGGUUGGCCUGAGGGAAACCACACAAAACACCCUGCCUCACUUACGCAGUAAAACCCUGGUGGCAGAUACCCAGGCUGAAGAACAGAGCCUGGUUCAGAGACAACACAAUCAGGUCCGUGCCACCUCUGCGCACAGUGUGGACAACCUGGAGAAAUGCUGGGAAAGUCUGGAACGCCCUGGUCUGACCCGUGCACAGUCACUACGAAUGCACACUUCCAGCAGCAUUGAAGAGGGGCUGAAGAGAGUUAGUUCUGCGCCCCAACUGGGUGACCAGGACAAGGGAAGUCUGCUGAAGAGAAAGCUGUCGGUGUCAGACAUAGAACCCUGCUUUGUGGACAGUGGAAAUAGCAAACAUAAAAAAGGUGUGGCAAAAAGCUUAAAACAAUGGACUGCCAAAGCAAAAACCUACAGAAGUGUUCCUGUGAAUCUGUUGGAUCCCAGUGACCUAGAGUGUUCCCUCUGCAUGAGGUUGUUUUAUGAGCCUGUGACGACACCAUGCGGUCACACCUUCUGUAAAAACUGUUUGGAACGCUGCUUGGACCACACGCCCUGUUGUCCCCUCUGUAAAGAGAGCCUGAAAGAGUAUCUAGCAUGCAGGAAGUACAUGGUGACAUCCGUCUUGGACAUGUUAAUCAAAAAGUACUUGAGUCGGGAGUAUGCUGAAAGAACUAAAACUCAUCUGGAGGAGACCAGAGAGCUUUCUGACCUGACAAAGAAUGUGCCUAUCUUUGUGUGUACCAUGGCUUACCCCACUGUGCCUUGCCCCCUGCAUGUCUUCGAGCCACGUUAUCGCCUCAUGAUUCGCCGCUGCAUGGACACAGGCACGCGGCAGUUUGGGAUGUGUAUUAGUGAUCCUCAGAAAGGGUUUGCAGAUUAUGGCUGUAUGCUGAUCAUCAGGAGUGUCCAUUUCCUCCCUGACGGACGUUCAGUAGUGGAUACUAUCGGAGGAAAACGGUUCCGGGUCUUAGCUAGAGGAAUGAAGGAUGGUUACAGUACUGCAGACAUUGAGCACUUGGAGGACAGCAGGGUGGAGGGCAGAGAUGAACUAAAAAAGUUGCAAGAGCUACACGAUGCAGUAUAUGAACAGGCCCAAGAUUGGUUCCAGAACCUCAAGAUCCGCUUCCACAACCAGAUCCUGCAGCACUUUGGACCAAUGCCAGAACGAGAAGCUGAUAUCCAGGCAACUCCAAAUGGUCCAGCUUGCUGCUGGUGGCUGCUGGCUGUUCUGCCCAUUGACCCUCUGUACCAGCUCUCUGUCCUCUCUAUGACCAGCCUCAAAGACCGUCUGGUGAAGAUCCAGCACAUCCUCACAUAUCUGCAGAGCAUCCCCAACAACUAAAGCUUCCCCCACAACAAACAACUUUCUGGGCUUUGAAGUGAUGUUUAAGAAACCGUAAAUCAUUAUCUUCUGUCUCUACUACCAGCUGAAUGCGUCAUUUUUCCUCUUACAAUCUGCAACAACAAGCAGUGUGGCCACACCACCUCAGGGACACCUUCGUAGACACAUUUUUUGUGGGUGAGAAAAAUAAUUUACAAAAACAAGAAAGAAAAGAGAUGAUUAAAAAUAUUCUUAUCUGCUUCCUUAAUGAUUGCAGAAAAAAGACGGAUGAAAAGUACGUAUUGCACUGUUGAUACUAAUGAAGACAGAAAUGCUUCUAACAAUCAACUGUGCAAGUUUGUACAUGUGGAACUGAGGUGAAGACAGCCUAAUGCAGGUUUUAUAUUUAUAUAAUCUGGUUAAACGAGUAAAAGGAUGAUUUCUUUUCUUUGUAUGUUUAAGAGAGUGGAGUUAUUCCACGAAACAAAAUCCUAAAUGCUGAAAGUCCAAAAAUUGAUAACACCUUCUAAAACACUCUAAAGAUGCACCAAGAUUUCAUCCAUUCUAGUUUAGAGGAAACCAUCAUGAGGGGAUUUGUGCGAAACCUAAGUGCAACUAAAAAGCUGGUGUAGAUGUAACCAAUCACUGAAAGUAUUACUCUUGUCAUAAGAUUCCCACUCUUUUCUGUCACACUUAACACGCACAACUUCCACUGCUGCCUCUGCACAGAGGCAGAGAACUUUCAUGUUUAUAGAACGAAAUGUUCUGUGUUUCUUCCUGUAUUUUUAAGAUGCAACUUUUCCGUUUCUUCCAAAGCUCACGUGACGAGUGUGGCCCUGAAAUCAUUUAGAUUUUUUUACGUCACGUUUUCCACUUUUUAACACUUCUCCUUUGACGGCCCCGGGGUUAGCCUUGUCGUUCCUGGUUGGCUUACAGUUAACCUUGAUAGAGGAGUCCCAUCUUCCAAAUGUUUUCUUUGUCGCAGAUGCUAAAAUUCUUCGGCAGCAGGAAAGAUUUAGCAGUGAAAAUAUUACCCGUGCAUUCAGCCCAGUUCUCCUAUCACAAGUGUCUGAUUUAUCUUCCCAUUAAACUUAAUUUAUAAAGAAAAAGAUAUAUUUGUACAUAGAUUUUUGUUUGAAGAAAUACAAAGGGGGUUUUGCAAUAUUAUAAUUCAUCAAAACCAGAAAUGAAACAAUGAUAUGUACAUCACAGGGUUUGGGUGUUGUUCCUCAUGUAAAGCUGCUCUGUCUGCUUGGAGGAGAGAGGAGGGUACCUCCAGUGCUUCAGUCUGGGGACUGCAUUUGCCUUACACCAUUUUGCAUUGUGAUUUCAAUAACAAUGCGAUGGCUUGGUUACCAUUCCCUUUUUUUUUUUUUUGCCAUAGCAUGAAUGUUUGUGGUUUUGUUCUUUUGUAUUUUUUUUCUUCUCAGUUAAUCUGAGUUACUAUGUGUUCACAGUAUAUGUAAAAGAUCUAGAAAAAUAGCAUAAAAAGGCUGUUAAAUGUAAACUAUUUGUACAAAGGCUUUUUGGACAACUCUUGUUUUAUUUUUGCUCAGAUGAUUUAAGUUAUCGGUUUUCAAUAAUAAAUGCACUUUUUUCAA